CACACACAACAGGUUGCGAUCGCUCGGACAGCGUUUGGCACCAGUGUGUCCCGGUCACCAUUCGGUCACCAUGUGGGACUCGCUCCUCUGCCUCCUGCCCUCUCUGCUGCUGCUCCUCGUCGCGGCGCUCCUACGCCGGUCACCGGUGUCCGGUGCGCUCGAGAACCUCUUGAGACGGGCCACCUGGAUCCUGUGGAGGGGGGUCUGCUGGGUUCUAGAACUGCCAGUACCGGUGCGGGGCGAUGGUACCGACGGAACCUCGGACACGGCCGACGCGGAGCCCGGUCUGGUGUGCAAGCCCACGGCACUGGCCCACCACCUCCUCCUCCACUGCCGCACUCUCCUGCGCCCCUCGCUGGCCGCCUGGCCUCGGGGCGACCCUCACCUGCAAACCCUCUCCAGCCUGCUGUGGCCACUAGAUGGCACUGUCGGCGGCGGCGGCGGCGAGGUGCGCUUCACCCGUGACCACCUGCUCCUGAGCGACGGGGGAAUCGUGGCCCUGGACUGGGCUGUGGGGCUGAGCGGGGAGCCUCCGCUGGGCUCUAAGUGCGAGCAGCAGCCCGGGGCGUGCAGGAGUCCAGGCUGCCGUAGCAGCAGCAGCAGCAGCAGCAGCAGCGGGAGCCCCCCGAUCCUCCUCCUCAUCCCCAACAGCCUGGGUGUGGUGACCCCCCAUCUCCAGCGGCUCUGCUCCCUGGCGCUGUGCAGGGGCUACUACCCCGUCGUCUUCCACCGGCGCGGCCAGGGCGGCUGUCCGCUGACGACGCCCCGCUACCAGGAGUUCGGGGACCCCCGGGACCUGGUCCAGGCCGUGGCUUACCUGCGUGACCGCCACCGGUCCGCCACGCUCCUGGCCGUCAGCGAGGGCUCUGGCUCGGGAUUGCUGCUCUCGUACCUGGGCGAGUGCGGAUCGUCAUCCUACCUGACGGCUGCAGCUUGCAUCUCACCUGUGCUGCACGGGCAGCUUUGGUUCGAAACGCCAUUUCCGUCCCUCUACCACUGGGGUGCGCUGUUUUACCGCAAGCUGCAGAUCAGCAGGUAUGCCAGCGCUCUGAGCUCUCUGCUGGACGUAGGGCAGCUCCUGAGGUGCAGGUCUCUUAAAGACAUGGAGGAGCUGAUGUUCUGUGGCGCCCCCAAGGCCACAGCGGUCAGUGCUGAGGGCCAGAGCCCAGCAGAGGGCGCUAAGGGCUGGGAGGCCUACUGGGAGCGCAACGAGCCCCUGCGUGACGCGGACGAGGUGGCAGUGCCCGUGCUGUGCCUGUGCAGCGCCGACGACCCCCUGCUGCCCCCGGCCUCCACCUUACCCACCUCCCUCUUCCGCAACAGCCCCUACUUCCUGCUGACGCUCACUGCCAGCGGCGGGCACUGUGGCUUCUUUGCCCGGGCGGGCACCAGGGGCGUAGGCGGUGGUGGCACUGGCACCGUGUCCUCCUGGAGCCACGAGGCCGUGCUGGAGUACCUCCAGGUGGCCAGCGACUUCCUGAAGGGGGAGGAGAAGCGGAGGAGGAGGUUGGCGCAGGAGCAGGAGCAGGAGGUGGGGGGUCCGGCCCAGGGGUGGAGGCGCAGGAGCAGCACCGUGCUGGCGCGGCGGAGGAGGCCAGUACUGCCGGGGCGCAGGGAGAGGCACCUGACGCAUCAGCCCGCCCAGAGUGCGCUCGCAGAGGACCUGUUCACCUGGAACAGGUCAUAUACACGCUGACAACCUGGUCAUAGAGCUGGAGCAUUUAGAGACAGAAGAGACUGUCUGUAGAACUAACUGGAAGGGAGAAGUUCCUGGGGCCUGGGACCAGAGCUAGGUAGACACAACUCCAAAGCUCUAGAAUCUUUGGUAACUACCAAACUGUUCCAUUCCAUAGAAUCAACUUAAGAUUUACCACACUGACAGUUUUGCUCCUAGGCUCUCAAACAGUGAAGGUGUUGCCGAAAUUUUGAGGUAAAGGCACCACUGGGUCUCAAAUGUGACCAAAACACGAACUGACCUUUAACCAUGUUUAAAUAUUGUGAGCAAGAAACAACAUUCCAAAUAGGUCACUGCAACCCUUAUUUGGAAGAUGUGGCAUUAACUUCCACCUUCUCUCUCCUGUGAUACUGUGCAUGGACUCAAAUAUAUCAGCCAAUGUAAAGGAUUUGUUUCAUCUGUUUCAACACAACUGUGAAUUUAGCACUAGCCCAGGCUGUCUUUUUAAUAAUGCUGCAGCAUUCUGUCUGUCAAUGAAUGAGUAUUUUCCCUAUCAAAUAAACAA